AUGGAACUCAAGCACGUGAGAGGUGAGGACGCAAUUUUGGCCGAACCAGUUGUCGACCGCUCACAAAUAAGCAGCAACCCAGAAUUGAAGAUUCUCCAACAGACACAAUCGACGUUGAUUGAAACAAUCCACAAACUUUAUUUCAUGGUCCGCACAGCACAACCCUGGACUUUCGGCACGCCUAAGGAAGAUAGCAAUGGUACUCCAGUCAUUGAAGACAUUGUUCGAAGGGUUCAACAUGCGCAGACUGAAAUGGCACAUUCGAGGGCUCAAGAUACGCCCAUUGCGACAGAAUUCGAAGCAGCAGACCCCUGUCACGAUUUCAAAGAAUAUGCUAUGACAGCACAGCAAGAAUUGUGGCAGCUCAACCACGGUCUUUCUACCAUGAUGCCCGCCAACAACAGCACCUUGAGUUCGACAGGCUGGACAUGGGAUCAGACAUUCGAUAAGACCCAUCUAUCAAGCAUCAAUUUCCCUCAUGACUUUCUACUUCAACAGGACAGCCAGUCAACGUCGACGGCCAAGAAUCUCAACAGCAAUACGCAACUUCAGGAAUUCAUGACGCUCAACGAGCCAUUCACGAAGAUGAAUAUGAACACAGGUGAAACAGUCCCAGGAAUGAUACAGCCUUCCGAGAACUGGGCGAGUAUAUCGCAUAGUAAUGGCCAAAAUCUUUUUGGCGGAAGGUCGUCUGAGUAUAUCGAAGGGCUACUAAGAGGUCUCAACGAGUUUAAUGAGUUGGCAAAAAGUGUUGGUCUUUGCCGCUCAUGA